ACUGUCACAACUUAAUCGCAUUCGCACGUUUAGCGUUCUCCCGUUUUGCAGAGAGAAUUUUGCAUUCAGUGUUUAUUCUGGCUUACUUUCUCUUAAACAAGGUUAUGAUUAGAACAGACUUUUGUUUAAGAUAAGCCUUAUAGCGUUAUAUAUUGGCGGCGUUAUUUUUAAAUAAUCUGUAUUCAAUGUGCACACCUUAGUCGUUAAAAUUGCUUGGAAAAGAGCGCACACACAAAAUACAAAAUGCAUUUCAGCAACUUUUGUUUACACAUAGGACUGCUAUGUCUUGCUGCUGGACCGCUGGCGGAGGCUUGGCAGGCGCGCGCCAACUAUCACAACGACGCUCAUCCGGGAAAAUGCGUGGUCAGUGAAACGCUCAUUCUCUCACCUGGUGAGAAGGCAAAAUCUCCCAACUCCUGUUCGGUAAUUUAUUGUGGCAGUAAACAAGGACAUGUCAUCAUUUCUGGCUGUGGCGCUGUUGUUCCACCAGAGGGUUGCAAAUGGGGCGAUUAUGUGAAUAAAGAUGCACCGUUUCAGGAGUGUUGUGCCCGCCACUUGGUCUGCGAAGCUGGCUUGACGGAUGAGACUCGGAAUUAUCAAAAACACAUCUGGGAUAUGUUCUCACGCAGUUCCAAAAAUGCUGCGAACGAGUAAAAAUUUAGUCCUUCGAAGUGAAGUAAUGGUUUUGAGUAAUGUUAGUAACGCUCUAUUUAAAUCUAAUGUUAAAUCAAUGAAGUAAUUAUUAAUUUUUUGUAGGAAAGUGUGAUAAUUUAUUAUGUUGUUGCCAAUAUAAGCGAAGAAUUUAAGAAAUUAUAAUUUCCGAGUAUAUAUUAUUGCUUAAAUAAAAUUGACGAAUUUAAGAAUGA